AUGGGGACAGAAGACCACACACCACAAUCUCUGAGCUCACCAUUGAUUCAAGUCUGUGAAGAAGAUGAUGCAGUUAAGGAGAUUGAAAAGGACGAGGGAAGCCAUGGAAGGGGUUUUAAGAGAAAGGAAAUUGUUGAAGAAAUAAUAGCUGUUAUGUUUGUAGGUCAUCUUGGUGAAUUGUCUCUCUCUGGUGCUUCCAUGGCCCUUUCCUUCUCAUCCGUCACCGGUUUCAGCUUGCUGAUGGGAAUGUCAAGUGCACUGGAUACAUUAUCUGGACAGUGCUAUGGUGCAAAGCAGUAUCAUAUGAUGGGCAUACACAUGCAGAGAGCCAUGCUUGUUCUUUCAAUUGUUUGCGUACCCCUUGCUAUCAUUUCCGCAAACACAAGAAUCAUUCUAACAGCUCUAGGCCAAGAUGUUGCCAUAGCAGCACAAGCCGGACAAUUUGCCCGUUUCCUGAUCCCUUCCCUUUUUGCAUAUGGACUUCUUCAGUGCCUUGUGAGGUUCUUACAAACUCAAAACAUUGUGUUCCCAAUGAUGCUGAGCUCUGCCAUUACAGCUUUGCUGCACAUCCCUCUCUGUUGGAUUCUUGUGUUUACAUCUGGACUUGGAAGCAGGGGAGCUGCCUUGGCAGUUUCAAUCUCUUUUUGGAUCAAUGUGCUAUUAUUGGCACUUUAUGUCAGGUUCUCUUCAUUAUGUUCCAAAACUUGGACAGGCUUCUCGAAGGAGGCAUUUCACAACAUUAUUCCAUUUGUUAGACUCGCUAUUCCUUCAGCUGUGAUGGUCUGCUUGGAAAUGUGGUCCUUUGAACUGAUUGUUCUUCUAUCUGGUCUUCUUCCAAACCCAAAGUUGGAAACCUCUGUGCUUUCUAUCAGCCUAAAUACAGCGGCAAUGGUUUGGAUGAUCCCAUUUGGACUCAGUUCUGCUGUCAGCACUCGCGUCUCAAAUGAAUUAGGAGCAGGGCAUCCAGAAACCGCACGUUUAGCAGUGUGUGUUGUCUUAGUCAUGGCCAUUACUGUGGGUUUAUUGGUGGGAUCAGUCUUGAUACUGAUACGCAACUUCUGGGGCUAUGCUUAUAGCAAUGAAACACAAGUGGUCAAAUAUCUAGCAACCAUGAUGCCAAUACUUGCAACAUCCAACUUCUUAGACGGUCUCCAGUCUGUUCUUUCAGGCACUGCUAGAGGAUGUGGCUGGCAGAAGAUUGGAGCAUAUAUUAAUCUUGGGUCGUAUUAUUUAGUUGGAAUUCCACUGGCUAUUGUAUUUUCUUUUGUCAUUCACAUCGGUGGAAAGGGGCUCUGGCUCGGGAUCAUAUGUGCAUUGAUUCUGCAAGGGUUAUCACUUCUUACUGUAACCAUGCGCACCAACUGGGAGAAAGAGGCAAAAAAAGCUACAGAAAGAGUAUAUGACACAACUGUUCCCGUGGACAUAGUGUCAUGA